AUGACUCUCCAGCUCCAGUCUUCGAGCUUUGAGCAUCGCCCGCACUCCCACCACGGUAUCGCCACCCACUCCCCGGCCCCUUCGCCACCCCGGAUCCAGCGCCCCGUCUCGCAGGCGUCGGUCCAUCUCGCGCCCCAGUCGGUCCUUCCGUCUCCGGCGCCGAACCAUGAGCAGUUCUCGGCUCUCCCCUACACCAGUCUCCCAUACCGCCCGUACCAGCCAGGUGGCUUCCCCCUCCCUUCGCCCCAGCAGCAGUUUGCCUACCCCAGCAGUGCCCCGCCCAUGGCCUUUUACCCCAGCAGCAACGCAUACGACCCCCGCUCUAUGCCCAUGAUGCGUACCGUCUCGCACGCCCACCCUCUCAACUCGGCGGACCAGACCGCCUCAUCUCGCUACUCGUCCUCUCCCCACCUCACCGCCAUGGACGCCCCCGCGUCCGCCUCGUAUCAGUGGCAGAUGGGUACUCCCGCUCUCUCCGUUCAAGAGCCUACGGAGCGCCACAUCAACCCCUCGGUAUUCAGCAACAAUAGCAACUACCCCAUGUCCCGCUCCACCUCGGGCGCUAGCGAUGCGGCCGAGGCUCAGCGCCUCCUCACUCCCCACUUUGAGUACAGAGAGCAGCUCUCCCCCGCCGCGGCCGACAUUCGCAAGGUCUCGGAUACGCUCGGCGGUCAGCGAUACCAAGGUCUCGAGCGGUAUAACGCCCCACCAGGUUAUCCCCAGCCCCAGCCGCAGUACUGGGGCAGGGACCCGCAGACCGGGUACCAGUACGCCGUCAAGCAGGAGCCGCAGUAUCAGCAGCAAGAGGUGGCGCCUGAGCCGGAGAAUGAUUAUGAGAGGGAGCGGAUGGAGCAAAUCUCGGGGAACAGAAAGUUGUUGGAGACGCUUGGGCUCGGUGGUCAGCCAGUAAGUCUUUCCUAUAGUAAACGCCCCGCUCGUCAGAUGAGCACCUCGGAUAUGCGCGGUCGAAAGGUCACCACGCCCAAGAGGAGGCUCCCGGUUGAUGCAGACCAAGUCCGCUCUUCCCCUCGUAUCGCCUCGCAACACCGCAACGUCUCCUACAUGGACCUGGACGGCGUGCCUGGCUCCGAGCACAGCGACGACUCUUACGAAGACGACGUCAUCUACGAGGAGGACGACUUCCGCCCGGCCAAGCGUGGUAAGGGGUACAAGCAGAGUCGCAAGGCUUCUUAUGCGCCAAGGCUCUCCCUUUGGGGUCUUCUCCAGGUCUACCCCCAAAUCCCCGAUCUAUACCCCCUCUUCUACUACACCCUCAACAACGAUCUUACCAUCAACCCGGACUCCGUCCCCCUCAUCGGCUCUAUCCCCUCGACUGUCACGCCCCUCGAGAAGGCCGAUAUCCUCCGCGGCUACUUCCAGCGCGGCCGUCGCGUCCUCGCCCAGCUCGACAACUUCACGGGUCGCUCGGACCGCAAGUACGAGGGACCGGAGGAGCGCUGGCCCGAGAUGGACCACCAUACCCGUAUCGCGGUAAGGGAUGUCCGGCGCAAGAUCGUCGAACGGUGCGAGAAUUACAAGUACACCCGGCGUGAUAUCCUUGACAAGAACGUUGGGAAGCACAAGUGGCAGCAGAUCGAGGUCGGUAUGAUCGAGUGGAAGUUUGGCAUCACCGUCGGCGACCCCGCUGGCGACUUGUCCAACGUUACCCUCACCCUCCCCACCCCUCCUCCCGGCGCCAUGAUCCAGCAGCAACAGCAGCAGCAGCUCGCUCCGGACUACCACCAGCAGCGCGUCAUCCGACCCAUGCCCUCCCGCAGCCGUCUAGUCUCCUCAGCCAAUCGCUCGGCCUCCAUCACUAUGGGCGAACCCUCCUCCGCCCCCAGCUUCCCUGGUACCGCCCUCAGCCUCCCGUACGGCGGCGCGCACUACGGCUCCGUCUCGCCCGCACCCCCCAUGUACGGUGAGGACCAGGUCCCGAUGACGGUCCAGAUGCCGGUCCUUAUGGGUACCCCGAUGCCCUCGGCCGCGCUCGCUCCGCCCAUGUCCGCGCCGGGCAUGGCCAGUAUGGAUCCUCGAGCAAGCGUCGGCGUCCACACCCCCAUCCACGUCAUGAGCUCAAGUCCCAUGGCUGGGGAGGCAGCAGGAGGGGAUGCAAGGGGAGUCAAGAGGGAGAGGAGUGGGAGUGCCCAUACCGAGCCGGAAAGCGAGGAGGAGUAG